AGUAACUUCUUGGUAAAGGGUGAAAAAUGAUUGUGUUUCCCGGUAACGUACAGGAAACAACUCAACCGAAAGAAGAAUAGAUCAAACCUCAGAAGAAUCUGCAACUACUGAGUUCUACUCUACUCCAAACCCUGGGACGACCGAGGAAACAAACACCCAAACUACGCAAUCAACAAGGGUGGCAACAGAUGAAGAGGCUUUGUUGAGCACGGAAGCUAUGCCUCAGACGACAACCAUUUUGGAGUCUAUUGAAUCAACUGAAGAAACAGCUACAACAACAGAUACGUCAACUGAAGACUACCUCUCAACAACUCUAUUGCAGCUCGAAGAAACUACAGUUGUAGCCUUAACAGAGGAGGCAAUCGCCGAAAGUGAUCCGACUGAAAAAACAGUGACGACAACAAAAACGUCAACAGAAGAAUACCUCUCAACAUCUCUAUUGCAGCUCCAAGAAACUACAGUUGUAGCCUUAACAGAGGAGGCAAUCGCCGAAAGUGAUCCGACUGAGAUAGGAAUCGUCUCGACAGCCACGGCACCACUAACCUACUCCUCAGAAACAACGGAAGAAGCAGUCUCAACUGAGGCGGCAGAAACAGAGCUGGCUCCAACUGAGUCUGCCUCACUUGACGUCAAGUCCACAGGGGUAACGUCAGUUCCAACUGCAAUCACGGAGUCAGAGGAAGUCGCCAGUGAACCCAUGACAAUCCUCUCCGAAGUCACGAACACCGUAAAAGCUGCCACAACUGAGUUCACAGAGACAUAUCCGGCUCCAACUUCACUUUACACAGAGAUAACUUCAGUUGCAAUGACGGAGUCAGAAGACGAAGUCAGCAGUGAAACCAUAACAACACAAUCAGUUCUCAGCGAGGUCACGGAAAGUGAAGAGGCUGUCUCAACUGAGGGAUUGAUCACACAGUCUAGUCUAAACAUGGUCACUGGCACCGAAGGCUUUGUCUCAACUGAGAGUAUGACCACACAGCCAGCCUCGAAUGAAGGCACUGAGGGCUCUGUCUCAACUGAUGUUAUGAUCACGCAAUCAAUUCUAAGCGAAGCCACGAGCAGCGAAGAUUCUGCCUCGACUCAGGUUAUGACAACGGAAUCAGUUUCAACUGAUGUCUGGCCGACAGAACAAGCCUUGUCAACUGAAGUUCGCACUGCACACUCAGCCUUCAGCGAAGCUACUAGCACCGAAGACUUUGCCUCAACUGACAUUAUGGGAACGCAGUCAUUUCCAGCUGAAGAUCUCAAGACAGAAGAAGUCGCGUCGUCAACCGAUGUCCUUACCACACUGUCAGUCACGGACGGAGUUAUCGGCAUUGAAGGUCCAGCCUCGACUGUGGAGAUGGAAACACAGCCACUUCCAACUGAGGUCUUGAGUAUAGACGAAUCUGUCUCAUCAGAGUUUACAACACAAGGCUCGGUCACAGACAUGGCCAUGGUGACAACAGAGUCAAUGUUCACAGAUACACUGGUAACAGAAGUAACUACGCCCUUAACGACAAAGGAUGAGGUCCCAAGUGAACUGUUGUCAACUACCACGGGAUCGCGGACAGAGCAUACUGCUACUACCAAACCAUUCCUCACCACCGAAUCGUACACUACAGGCACUGAUGAUCUACUGACAGAAAGUCCACAUGUUACAAUCGUCACGCAACCGCUGCAGAUAGCAGGUACAACUCUCCCAUCGGUCACAACAGAGGCUUCUACACUGUCUGAUGCCAGUCCAACGACGUCACCUAGUGAAGUUGCAAUGUCCACGUCUGUGGUGACAGGGGCUGGAAAUAUGACCGAUGAAAUGGUUUCAACAGAGCUCAUGGAAGGCACCAGUGUCACCACGGUUACCGAGCAACCCACAACCAUGCGAAUAUCGUCCACAGAAACGCUAUCGCCCACUACAGGUACAACGAUGAACCAGAAGCUAUCCACCUACAGAACUAGUUCCAUGGAAACUACGAGGUCGGCACUGACAGAAUUUGGAAAUAUGACCGAUGGAUUGGUUUCCACAGAGCUCAUGGACAUCACGGUUACUCCAUCUACAGCAAGGCAAUCAUCAUCCACAAACGAUUUCUCAUCUACAGCAAUCACAACAUCGGAGCAGAUGCUGUCCACUUACAGCAGCAAUGUCAUAGAAACUACGAAGCCAGGGACGUUGGCUGUAACAGUGUUUACUGAAGAAGUCACUGAAGAAUACAGCGCAACAACAGAGGACAGUGAUGCAACCGUCUCUACAACGACUGACAAAUCAGUGACAGGUCAAACCAUGGACCUGUCUACGAUGGACAUCAUGGCCACUACAGAAGAAACCACCGAUCGCAUUGGGACUUCUGUUCCAGGUACUGCUAUGGAUCACCUGACGACACAUCUGUCUGUUGACACGAUGGAGCCAACUGUAGUAACAGAGGCACUAAAGGAAACGACAACUACAGCUUUCCUUACCACCGAUAGUUUCACUACUACGACUGCCCAACCUGAAAGCACAACCAUGCAUACCACGAUUAAUCCAACAGAGGAAGCAGACAUUAAAAGCUGCAUCCAAGACAUCGACAUUUGCCACGAGAACGCAACGUGUGUCAACACAACAUCCGGGCACGCCUGUGUCUGUAGGAGAGGCUUUCAGGGAGAUGGUCAAAACUGUACUGACAUAGAUGAGUGCUCCAUACAGCCAACUCUACCGGACGUGGCUACAAUGUCUGAUGAGAUUUCUCGCCAUGGUUGUUCUGAUGUUUGUGUCAACACCCUGGGGUCGUACCACUGCGCCUGCCCGGAGUAUUUCAUCUUGAAUGCGGACGGAAGGACGUGUGAAGGUAGACAAGCUUAG